CGUGCGCUCCCCCACUGGACACCCCUCCCGGUCGUGCGAGCCCGGCGCCCUCCCCAGCCCCCUCCCCCCUAGUUGGCCGCCGGAGGUUUUGUUUAUGGUUGGAUUUGCGGCCUAGUGGGCCGCGCCGGAGCCGGGGCCUCGAUUUGGGAGCGUGGCCGGGGCGGGGCUUGGGCGGCCGGAGGGGGGGGCCAUGCGGCUAGAGCCCGAGCGGGGAGAGCGAGGAAGAGCGCGAGCGAGCGCGGCCUGGGCCCCGCCUGAGUAUUCUACCUUGUAAAUACUGUUAUUUGUAUAUACUGUAAAUGAUGACGUCGGUGGGCACGAACCGAGCCCGGGGAAACUGGGAACAACCUCAGAACCAAAACCAGACACAGCACAAGCAGCGGCCACAGGCCACUGCGGAACAGAUUCGACUUGCACAGAUGAUUUCAGACCAUAAUGAUGCUGACUUUGAGGAAAAGGUGAAACAAUUGAUUGAUAUCACAGGCAAGAACCAGGAUGAAUGUGUCAUUGCUUUACAUGACUGCAAUGGAGAUGUCAACAGAGCCAUCAAUGUCCUACUGGAAGGAAACCCAGAUACGCAUUCGUGGGAGAUGGUCGGGAAGAAGAAGGGAGUCUCAGGACAGAAGGAUGGUGGCCAAACGGAAUCCAACGAGGAAGGCAAAGAAAAUCGAGACCGUGACAGAGACUAUAGUCGGCGACGUGGUGGGCCACCAAGACGGGGGAGAGGUGCCAGCCGUGGACGAGAGUGUAUGCAUGGGGCUUUAACAAAACCAGCUGUGGUUCGGGGUCAGGAAAACGGAUUAGAUGGCACUAAGAGUGGAGGACCUUCUGGAAGAGGCACUGAACGAGGCAGAAGAGGACGUGGCAGAGGCAGAGGUGGCUCUGGUAGACGGGGAGGAAGGUUUUCUGCUCAAGGAAUGGGAACCUUUAACCCAGCUGAUUAUGCAGAACCGGCCAAUACCGAUGACAACUAUGGCAAUAAUAGCGGGAAUACGUGGAACAACACUGGCCACUUCGAACCAGAUGAUGGGACGAGUGCGUGGAGGACCGCGGCAGAGGAGUGGGGGACUGAAGACUGGAAUGAAGACCUUUCUGAGACCAAGAUCUUCACUGCCUCUAAUGUGUCUUCAGUGCCUCUGCCUGCGGAGAAUGUGACAAUCACUGCUGGUCAGAGAAUCGACCUUGCUGUUCUGUUGGGGAAGACACCAUCUUCAAUGGAGAAUGAUUCCUCUAAUCUGGAUCCAUCUCAGGCUCCUUCUCUUGCGCAGCCUCUGGUGUUCAGUAAUUCAAAGCAGAGCGCCAUAACACAGCCUGCUUCAGGAAACUCAUUCUCUCAUCACAGUAUGGUGAGCAUGUUGGGGAAAGGGUUUGGCGAUGUCGGCGAAGCCAAAGGUGGCAGCACCACGGGCUCUCAGUUCUUGGAGCAGUUCAAGACUGCUCAGGCCCUGGCCCAGCUGGCGGCACAGCAUUCUCAGCCUGGAACCACCGCCACCUCCUCUUGGGACAUGGGCUCCGCCUCACAGUCCCCAUCGCUGGUGCAGUACGAUUUGAAGAACCCAGACGAUUCCACAGUACACAGCCCCUUCAGCAAACGCCAGGCUUUCACCCCGUCUUCAGCCAUGAUGGAGGUGUUCCUUCAGGAGAAGCCGCCCACGGUGGCCACCUCCACUGCUGCACCUCCACCGCCCUCUUCUCCUCUGCCGAGCAAAUCCACCUCGGCCCCACAGAUGUCUCCCGGGUCUUCAGAUAACCAGUCCUCCAGCCCUCAGCCGGCUCAGCAGAAAUUGAAACAGCAGAAGAAAAAGGCCUCCUUGACUUCUAAGAUUCCUGCUCUGGCUGUGGAGAUGCCUGGCUCAGCAGAUAUCUCAGGGCUAAACCUGCAGUUUGGGGCAUUGCAGUUUGGGUCAGAGCCUGUCCUUUCUGAUUACGAGUCCACCCCCACCACGAGCGCCUCUUCAAGCCAGGCUCCAAGUAGCCUCUAUACCAGCACAGCCAGUGAAUCUUCAUCUACAAUUUCAUCUAACCAGAGUCAGGAGUCCGGUUAUCAGAGCGGUCCAAUUCAGUCGACAACCUAUACCUCCCCAAAUAAUGCUCAGGGCCCUCUGUAUGAACAGAGGUCCACACAGACUCGACGGUACCCCAGCUCCAUCUCCUCAUCACCCCAAAAGGACCUGACUCAGGCAAAGAAUGGCUUCAGCUCUGUGCAGGCCACACAGUUACAGACCACGCAAUCUGUUGAAGGUGCUACAGGCUCUGCAGUGAAGUCUGACUCACCUUCCACUUCCGGCAUCUCCCCUCUCAGCGAGACGGUGUCCGCAGCCUCCUUGCUGACAGCGGCCAGUCAACACUCAUCCCCCCUGGGUGGCUUGAGCCACGGUGAGGAGAGUGCAAACGCUCCCACCACACAACACAGCAGCACGUUAUCGACGCAGCAGAACACCCUCUCGUCAUCCACGUCUUCUGGGCGCACUUCUACAUCCACUCUUUUGCACACAAGCGUGGACAGUGAGGCGAACCUCCAUUCUUCCUCCAGCACUUUCUCCACCACGUCCAGCACGGUCUCUGCGCCUCCCCCGGUGGUCAGUGUCUCCUCCAGUCUCCACGGCGGCAGCAGCUUAGGCCUCAGCCUCAGCAGCAACUCCACCGUCACAGCCUCGACUCGGAGCUCGGUCGCUACGACUUCAGGAAAAGCUCCUCCCAACCUCCCUCCUGGGGUCCCGCCGUUGUUGCCUAAUCCGUACAUCAUGGCUCCGGGGCUGUUACACGCCUACCCGCCUCAAGUAUAUGGUUACGAUGACUUACAGAUGCUUCAGACGAGAUUCCCCUUGGAUUACUACAGCAUCCCAUUUCCCACGCCCACCACACCGCUGACUGGGAGGGACGGUAGCCUGGCCAGCAACCCCUACUCUGGUGACCUCACGAAGUUCGGCCGCGGGGAUGCCUCCUCCCCGGCCCCGGCCACAACCUUGGCCCAACCCCAACAGAACCAGACGCAGACUCACCACACGACGCAGCAGACAUUCCUGAACCCGGCGCUGCCUCCUGGCUACAGUUACACCAGCCUGCCAUACUACACAGGGGUUCCGGGCCUCCCCAGCACCUUCCAGUAUGGGCCUGCUGUGUUCCCUGUGGCUCCUACCUCUUCCAAGCAGCAUGGUGUGAAUGUCAGUGUGAACGCAUCAGCCACCCCUUUCCAACAGCCAAGUGGAUAUGGGUCUCACGGAUACAACACUGGUGUGUCAGUCACCUCCAGUAACACGGGCGUGCCAGAUAUCUCGGGUUCUGUGUACUCCAAGACCCAGCAGUCCUUCGAGAAACAAGGUUUUCAUUCCGGCACUCCUGCCGCCUCCUUCAACUUGCCUUCAGCCCUAGGAAGCGGGGGGCCCAUCAAUCCAGCCACAGCUGCUGCCUACCCACCUGCCCCUUUCAUGCACAUUCUGACCCCCCAUCAGCAGCCGCACUCCCAGAUCCUCCACCACCACCUGCAGCAGGACGGCCAGCUACCAUAUUUGCAGAUGAUUCUGUGUUGCCCGCGCCAGCAGGAGGAGCAGGUAAUGAAACUGAAUGAUGAUGUGCUUGAACCCACUCCUUCCCGGCCCCCACUUCACCUCCACAGCCUCAGGGAACUCGAAGACAAAAAGCUGCACCGUCACAGAUCAGGACACACAGACACAGACACCUUGCUGAGCUCUCUGGCCUCCUGUUCCUCUCUUGCCCUCCCCUCCCCGGUGCCCUCUUUUUCUUUCUGCCCUUCCGCGACUCUGGAAACACUUGGUUACUGGAUCGGAACGGAUUCUUGGGGCAGCGUCUGGAGCCUGGGGCCUCAGACUGUCUCUCUUGCCUUUUGGCUGAAAUGGGCUCUCCGCUGUGCCAUGGGGGGAGGGGGGGGGCAUGGGCUGGUACAGGUGACCUCUCCUGCGUCCCAGGGAGCUGGGGAGCUGGGAUAAGUAAGGGCUGCCUUGCUGUCAGAGACAGCCUUCCCAGUUGAGGUAUUCGUGGGAUCAACGAAAACGAAAUCAUCUUGUGGUCACUCAUCUCCAAGAGGCCAUAACUCUCUAGAGAGAGUAGCCUUUUCUCAGAGCAGUGGGGGUAGGGGAGAGGUGGGGUGGAAAGUGGGUAGGACUCAUUCACAGUCUUGUCUCUGAAAGGUGUCCUGCCGUCUUGUCAUCGUUCCCCCGUUUAAAGGCUGGAAAUGCUUUCUUCCCUGUCCGAGGCACCCUAGCAGCUAUAGAAAUUAAAUGUUCUGUGGUUUGGAAGUAAACUUCAGAGUAGUUUCUCUAAGCAAGGGGAGAGCAAGAGUUUCCAGAUCUGCAUGUGAAGAUGUCACAGAUCUGUCCCACUAACUAGACACCUUUCUCCUCCUCCUCAUCGUCCCAUUCCCUGCAGACGGGCAGCGGGCAACGUAGCCAGACCAGCUCCAUCCCGCAGAAGCCCCAGACCAACAAGUCUGCCUACAACAGCUACAGC